ACCUUUGCAUUGUGAAUGCCAACCCCACCAUCGUCUUUUGGUAAGCAAAUAUCAUCCCAAGCCACUUUUGAGUGUUUGUCAUCCCAUAGAAAGAUCCUACAAAUGGAAACAAUCAUAUCCAAAAUAGCUUGGGGCACCGGGAAAACUAAUAACCAAAAGGAUUGAACCCCUUGGAUUACUAAGUAUUAACUAAACAUGAUUUAUAGUAUGGAGUGAGAAAGAAAAUAAUGCAUAGACAAUUGUUCUCGGUUACAUUUAACAUUUGUCUAAAAGUUUGAACUUUUGGUCAGGUUUCUUACAUUUUAAUCCAUUUCAAUAAGUAUCUAUAAUCUCAUUGUUCAGAUUUCCAGUAGUUUUGACCUGAUCAUUUUUGUGUAUUGUCAAGACACUAAUUAUCACUUAAACGUGUGCAACACAAAUGUGAUAAGAUAUGUAUGACAACUAAAAUAAGGAACAAAUGUGCAUGUUUUAAUAUGAACUAAGAGUAGUUAAUUGACUUAACUGAUACUCGAUUUAACAUUGUGGUUAUAUUUAUACUGUUUUUACAAUGAUUAUAAUGAUACCGUAUGUUUAGUUUUUACCCAUGAAUUUUGUUUUGCAAAUUUAUAGGCUAAGCCAUGUCCAUAUAAAUUAUCCAAAUAACGAUAGGUUGCCGUACAAAAUUCAACAUCCUUGUAAAAAUUACUCCCUCCCGUGAGUCCCAUACUCCCGUCCCAAAACAAAUUCAUAGUUUGACUUCAUGAUUUUUAAGAAAGUGGAAUUUUUUGUUUUGACUUUCCUAUUGUGACCUCCAACAAAGUAGAUAAAGUGUAGUGGAGAGAGAGAAAAUGGGGGUAAAGUAUGUGAUAAAGUAAGGGUAUAAGGGUAACUUUAUAGUAAAAAGUUGCCAAAAGAAGAAGUGUGAAUUUUAUAUUGAACCUACCCAAAAAGGAAAAUGUGAAUUUGUUACGGAUAAAAUAUGCUUGAUGUUGUGGAUAUACAUAUAGUAAUAAUAGGAUAGAUAUUAGUCUAUUUAUUAAGGAGAAUAUAUUACUAUCUCUGUCCCGACUAAGAGGUACAUGACAAUUACAAGAACACCGAAAGUUGCUAUGAAUUGAUGUCUUCUUCUUGGAUUGGAUAAAAAAAACAUCCUUAUCCAAUUAAUAUCCCAAUUUAGAACAAGACAACCAUUUUGACCUCAUUUUCGAACGUUAAAUCGUUCGAAAAUUAGGUGGAGAAGCUUCUAACUCACUAUGGUUCACAGUUUCUUUUCUUAUUUAUGCAAGCUUUCCUUCAUCAAACCAUGAGCCAUUGAGAAUUUGAGAUCACAAAGAUGACAGAAAGGGACCAAAUUUCUGUUCCAUUUGUUUGGGAAGGAAGACCUGGCAUAGCAAACAAGGAUUGGAAAUCUGCUAAAUGUAAACCCUCAAAUACCCCCAAGUUUGUUCCCCCAGAUAAGCUCAUACCUUCAAUUCCCUUUCAGUGGGAGGACAAACCAGGAACACCCCUUUCAAGCAUCCAGGUCCAGCCACAGUCUAAGGGUAAUUUCGUCAUCAUAGCGAGCAAGCCAUUACUAACACUAGAAGAGCUGAUGACGAUGAGCCGACGAAGAAGCUACCAGAGAAAAGCUAACCAAAUGCAGAAACAGAGUGCCAAUGAAACAGAAACUCACAGGGAGUGCUCUUGGAUGCUGUGUGCUUGGAGUUCGAAGAAGAAUUGAAGAA